UUGUUACUCACCACAUCAGCAUAUCCAAGAAGACAGCCCGGUGCCCGUGAGAACAGGAGCUCUAAUACCUAAACGACGACCCGACCAUUUUGAGCCAAAAGCAAAAAUGUCUACCUUCGAAACUACUCGUCCGUCUGGCUACAUGUCUGACACUGGCAGCGAAGGCCAAGCCUCCGGUGGCCGCAAGAUCUCGAGCAACAUUGGGCCCGUUCCUUCUUCCGCCAACCUCAAUCGCCCAGCGGGCAACAUCAUCAAGGGCCCUGUUGACGACAACGGCAAGCCCAAGGAUGCGGCAUUGCUCAUUGGUAUCAAGUUAGAUCUAGAGGCAGAAAUCCAUCUUACAGCUCGAAUCCGUGGAGACAUAACGAUCGGAUUAUACUGAGC